AUGAUGAUGUUUCUCAUGGUGUCUUUGUUAAUGUUGGUAGCUCCAGUGGUCUGCAGCAGUCCUGUCUUGAAGUGCUGCGCCUGUGAGCCUCUUCCUAUUCUUCACAAGUAUUACCAGUCCGGAGACCUCAGCAUUGCUGGCAUUAUUUCCCAAGUCUACAGGUUUUCCAGUCCGAUGACCUUCUAUAAACACCCCUCUGAGGAGCUGCUUGAUAUUCUUUUCCAUUUCAGUCCGAGCUGGACCUACCUGGCCUCAAUGGAACUUCUCUCCACAUGGGGCAGAUUCAUCCCUAACUUUAAGUGUAGCUUUGAGAGCAACCCAGUAGCAGCUAUUGGAGGACCUGACAUUUGUUUCCACAUGGCAAACAUACUGUGCAUCUACAAAAUUCCACAGCUCACAUUUGGUUCUGCUCCAGAAAUGAAUAUUGCAACCCAUGCUGUUUUCUUCCAACCUAUGUUUCCAAAUGGGGUACAUCAACAGAAAGGCAUUCUCCAGUUACUGCUGCACUUUAAGUGGACGUGGGUAGGAGUUCUUUCUGUGAAUGAUGACAAUGGAGAGAGGUUUGUACAUGACGUGCUUCCCACAUUUUCCCAUCAGGGUAUCUGCUUUGACUUCAUAGAAAGAUUUCCAAUAGUGAAUUUUUAUACUGACUUCGUUGAUGUGAUGGAUGAAGCACCCAAAACAUAUGCAGUUGUCAUGAAAAGCAUAGCUAAUGCAAUCGUCAUAUAUGGGGAACUUCAGACCAUGUUAAUUUUGCGAAUGUUGCUCCAGUUUUCACAAGUGGAGGAUGUACCAAAGAAGUCCAAAAUCUGGAUUAUGACAGCUGAAAUUGAUUUCACUUCUGUUCCCUUCCAAAGGCCAUGGGAUAUUGGUUUCCUCCAUGGUGCACUAUCUUUUGCAAUUCACACAAAGAAGGUGGUGAGAUUCCACAAAUUUCUUCAGUCCAGGAAUCCUUCUUCAGGAAAUCAAGAUGGCUUUAUAAAGGAUUUCUGGGAGCAAUCAUUUAGUUGCUCACUCCCCAGCUCUGCAAUUCCUAAGGAGUCUGAGAAACCCUGCACUGGGCAAGAGAAGCUUGAGUCUCUUCCUGCAUCCAUUUUUGAAAUGAGCAUGACCAGCCACAGCUACAGCAUCUACAAUGCUGUCUAUGCAAUUGCACAUGCUUUGCAGUCCAUGCAGGCAUCCAAAUCCAAGCAAUUGAAACUGAAGGGGAGAAGGAGGCCGAAGAUUCAGAAUGUAGAAUCAUGGCAGCUCCACAACUUUCUCAGAAGCAUCUCUUUCAACAACACUGCUGGGGAUAAGAUUUCUUUUGACAAGAAUGGGGAGUUGAUAGCUGCAUUUGAUAUUAUCAACUGGAUCACAUUCCCCAACCAGUCCUUCCUCAGAAUCAGAGUUGGGGGGAUCAACCCCAGGGCUACCCCAGACAAUGUCUUCAGUAUUCAUGAGGAUUCCAUUACCUGGCCCAGCAGUUUUAACCAGACACAGCCACUGUCUUUGUGCAAUGACAAGUGCUAUGAAGGUUUUAGCAGGAAAAAGAAGGACGGGAGGCCAUUUUGCUGCUAUGACUGCCACCCAUGCCCAGAAGGAAAGAUUUCCAGUCAUGAAGACAUGGAUGACUGUUCUCCAUGUUCAGAAGAUCAUCAUCCAAAUGCUGCCCAGGAUUCAUGCAUUCCAAAGAUUGUAACAUUCUUGUCUUAUGAAGAACCUUUGGGGAAUAUUUUGGCCAGUUUUGCUCUUACCUUUUCUUUUAUCACAGCUCUGGUGGUUGGAAUCUUCAUUAAGCAUCAGGACACUCCAAUAGUAAAAGCCAAUAACCAAAACCUCAGCUACCUUCUCCUCAUUUCCUUACUGCUUUCCUUUCUUUGUCCCUUGUUAUUUAUUGGGAGACCUGAUGAGGUAAUGUGUCUACUUCGGCAGCCAGCUUUUGGCAUUAUCUUCUCAGUGGCAGUUUCAUGUGUGUUGGCCAAAACCAUAAUUGUGGUUCUGGCUUUCAUGGCCACCAAGCCAGGGUCCAGCAUGAGGAAGUGGACAGGGAAUAAGUUGGCAUCCUUCAUUGUUAUUUCCUGCUGUCUCAUUCAGGCUGCUAUUUGUACUGUGUGGCUGGCAACCUCCCACCCAUUCCCAGCUCUUGACAUGCACUCCAUGAAUACAGAAAUUGUACUGCAGUGUAAUGAAGGAUCAACCCUCAUGUUCUAUUGUGUCUUGGGCUUUAUGGGUAUCCUGGCCAUUAUCAGCUUCUCUGUGGCUUUCCUAGGCAGAAAGUUGCCAGACAGUUUCAAUGAAGCCAAGUUCAUCACCUUCAGCAUGCUGGUUUUCUGCAGUGUUUGGCUGUCCUUUGUUCCAACAUACCUGGGCACUAAAGGAAAGCACAUGGUGGCUGUGGAGAUCUUCUCCAUCUUGGCCUCUAGUGCUGGGUUGUUGGGGUGUAUCUUUUUCCCCAAAUGCUUUAUCAUUGUGCUGAGGCCUGAACUGAACAGCAGAAAGCAGCUAAGAACAAGAAAGUAUUAA